GGCCCCAAAAGAGAAAAGAAGAUUUGGCAAGUGAUAUGCUUACACAUGGAAAGCAUGCAUGUAAUAUAGUCUCCACCUGUUCUCUUCCCCACCCAAACACACAGAAAACAGAGUGAGAGACAUGCAACAAUUACAACAUCCCUUCUUCCCUCUCAUCAAAACUCUACAUCAUUAUUACACACACAACACACACUCAAAGCCAUGCAGCAGCCUCAAACAUGAAACAGUACCCUCUCACAAAAUCCAAAUUCUUGAUCAUCUUCUUCCUCCUUCUCCUCUCCCUACCUCUCUUCCUAUUCAUCUCCCACAAGGCCGCCCUCAUCGCCGCCAGCCCACCACCGUCUCUUCCCAUCCCAGGCCUCAAGAUCCGACCCGGGUUCUCCUCCUACGACUCCUACAUCCACCACCAGCUCAACAAAACCCUCAACCCGAAACUCCGGAAGAUAUGGACGACCCGGGACUGGGACCGCAAGAUCCGGGUCUUCACGGAAUUCUUCGACCAUCUGAAGCAGAAAGGCUUGCUGUCCAACUCCUCCAAGGCUCUCUGCAUCGGGGCGAGAAUGGGGCAAGAAGUGGAGGCUCUGAAGCGGGUCGGGGUGUCGGACUCGGUUGGCAUUGAUCUCGUGCCGUCUCCACCGUUGGUCGUGCGCGGGGACUUCCAUCACCAACCGUUCGACGAUGGGGCUUUCGACUUCGAGUUCUCCAACGUGUUUGACCAUGCAUUGUACCCGGAGAAAUUCGUGGGGGAGAUCGAACGGACGUUGAGGGCCGAUGGGGUGUGUGUUCUACACGUGGCGCUGUCGACGCGGUCGGAUAAGUACUCGGCUAAUGACUUGAUGAGCGUGGAGCCGCUUAAGAAGCUGUUUAAGAGAUCCGAGCUGGUUUAUGUUCGGACCGUUGACGGGUUCGGGUUGGACACGGAGGUCGUGUUUCGGAAAAAGCGGGUCACACGUGCCCCAUAAUUCUUGUAUUUUCCAGAUUGUCUAUUUUUUUAUAAA